AGGCGGCGCGCAGCUUGUGUCGUCCGCCAUUUUGUACGAAGCAAGGUGGCAUCCACGUUCCCCGAGCAACUUCUCCGCUUCUGCCUCAACCGCCCCUUGACUGCAGCUAUGUCUCGGGAUCGGUUCCGGAGUCGCGGCGGUGGCGGUGGCGGCUUUCAUCGGCGUGGAGGAGGCGGUGGCCGCGGCGGCCUCCAUGACUUCCGCUCUCCGCCGCCUGGCAUGGGCCUCAACCAGAACCGCGGCCCCAUGGGCCCGGGCCCUGGCGGCCCGAAGCCACCGAUCCCACCUCCGCCUCCUCACCAGCAGCCGCCGCAGCAGCCUCCGCCGCAGCAGCCUCCGCCACAGCAGCCCCCACCGCAUCAGCAGCCGCCGCCACACCAGCCUCCCCAUCAGCAGCCCCCGCCUCCGCCGCAGGACUCGUCCAAGCCCGUCGUCCCCCAAGGCCCCGGCUCUGCGUCCGGAGUGAGCACUGCGCCGCCGCCCGCCGGCUCAGCCCCGCCCGCCAAUCCCCCGACCACGGGCGCCCCGCCGGGUCCCGGGCCCACUCCGACGCCGCCACCCGCCGUCUCCUCCACCACCCCCGGCCCGCCGCCGCCCUCGACGCCGAGCAGCGGAGUCUCGACGACCCCGCCACAGACCGGUGGACCUCCGCCUCCACCCGCCGGCGCCACCGGCCCAGGGCCUAAGCAAGGCCCAGGCCCGGGCCCGGGCGGUCCGAAAGGCGGCAAGAUGCCCGGCGGGCCUAAGCCAGGAGGCGGCCCGGGCAUGGGCGCUCCCGGCGGCCACCCGAAGCCACCUCACCGAGGUGGCGGGGAGCCCCGCGGGGGCCGCCAGCACCACCCGCCCUACCACCAGCAGCACCACCAGGGACCCCCUCCCGGCGGGCCCGCACCCCGCACGGAAGAGAAGAUAUCCGACUCGGAGGGAUUUAAAGCCAACUUGUCUCUCUUGCGGAGGCCUGGAGAAAAAACUUACACACAGCGCUGUCGUUUGUUUGUGGGGAACCUACCUGCUGAUAUCACAGAGGAUGAAUUCAAAAGACUGUUUGCUAAAUACGGAGAACCCGGAGAAGUUUUUAUCAACAAAGGCAAAGGGUUCGGGUUCAUUAAACUUGAAUCUAGAGCCUUGGCUGAGAUAGCCAAAGCUGAGCUUGAUGAUACUCCCAUGAGAGGUAGGCAGCUUCGGGUUCGCUUUGCCACACAUGCUGCAGCCCUUUCUGUUCGGAAUCUUUCGCCCUAUGUUUCUAAUGAACUGUUGGAAGAGGCUUUUAGCCAGUUUGGUCCUAUUGAAAGGGCUGUUGUAAUUGUGGAUGAUCGUGGAAGAUCUACAGGGAAAGGCAUUGUUGAAUUUGCUUCAAAGCCAGCAGCAAGAAAAGCAUUUGAAAGAUGCAGUGAAGGUGUUUUCCUUUUGACAACGACUCCUCGCCCAGUCAUUGUGGAACCUCUUGAACAGUUAGAUGACGAAGACGGUCUUCCUGAAAAACUGGCUCAGAAGAAUCCAAUGUACCAAAAGGAGAGAGAAACACCUCCUCGUUUUGCUCAGCAUGGCACAUUUGAGUAUGAAUAUUCUCAAAGAUGGAAGUCAUUGGAUGAAAUGGAAAAACAGCAAAGGGAACAAGUUGAAAAAAACAUGAAGGAUGCGAAAGAUAAAUUGGAAAGUGAAAUGGAAGAUGCCUACCAUGAGCAUCAAGCAAAUCUUUUGCGCCAAGAUCUGAUGAGACGCCAGGAAGAAUUGAGGCGCAUGGAAGAACUUCACAGUCAAGAAAUGCAGAAACGGAAAGAAAUGCAGUUGAGGCAAGAGGAGGAACGACGUAGAAGAGAGGAAGAGAUGAUGAUUCGCCAAAGAGAGAUGGAAGAACAAAUGAGACGCCAGCGAGAAGAAAGUUACAGCAGGAUGGGCUACAUGGACCCAAGAGAGAGAGACAUGAGAAUGGGCGGUGGUACAAUGAACAUGGGAGAUCCCUAUGGUUCAGGAGGCCAGAAAUUCCCACCUCUAGGUGGUGGUGGUGGCAUAGGUUAUGAAGCCAACCCUGGAGUCCCACCAGCAACCAUGAGUGGCUCCAUGAUGGGAAGCGACAUGCGUACUGAGCGCUUUGGGCAGGGAGGUGCGGGUCCUGUGGGUGGACAGGGUCCUAGAGGAAUGGGGCCUGGAACUCCAGCAGGGUAUGGUAGAGGAAGAGAAGAGUAUGAAGGGCCAAACAAAAAACCCCGAUUUUAGAUAUCUAGGCUUUCAUUCCAGUUUGUUUUUGUCUUUUCUUGUUUAGAUACCACUUUUAAAUUCUUGCAUUUUAGUAAGAAAGCUACCUUUUUAUGGAUGUUAGCAGUUUAUUGACCUGAUAUUUGUAAAUGGUCUGUUUGGGCAGGUAAAAUUAUGUAACGCAGUGUUCGAAACAGGAGAAAAAAAUUUCUUUUUAUUUACUUUUUUUUUUUAACUGUAUAAUGUUUCUCAAGUUAAUGGCAGUGUACGUUGUGCCACUGAAUUUCCAAAGUGUACCAUUUUUUUUUACUGUGCUUCGAAUAAAUAGAAAAAUAGUUAUAAUACUGAUCUUCAACUUUGCCAUUCAUGCUUCUAUGCACAUUAGGCUAGGUAUUCCACUUGGAAAGCAUGAGCGUGUCUAGGCCUUUGAGUGGCAUAUGCCAUUUCUGGGAAAUGUAUCUGGAGGCUAAGUAUUGCUUUCUACAAAUGACACCCCUCCUCCCCAUUUAAAAGAAAAAUGCAUAUUGAAAUAGUUAGGAUUUGUUUGGCACUAUAGGAAGCAAGCUGGUGAUAAGCAUUUUUAAAUGGUUAUGUUAGAAAAGUUGAACUGUUAAUCUUAAUUCAGGAACAUGUAUUAAGAUUAUGGAAUGGGUAUAAACUACUGGUAGUGAGAGAAAGGGGGUGGUUAAAGGAUCCUUUAUGGCCCUAUCUAUGAUCCUUUCCUUGAAAGCUUUUGAAAAUGGAAAGAUCAUCUUGUUGCAUUUCCCCUAUUGUUUUGUUUUAAACAAAUGAAUCCCAAGCCCUACAAUCGGCUUGUACUGAACUUUUGCAUUUGAAUUAAAGAUUGUUAAACAUGAAGCCUUUUCAUGUAUUACUUUAAGUGAUUUAAAAGAUGGGAUUUAGUCUGAAGUUUCAAGUUGAGAAGAGUUAAGAGUUAGUUAAUGAUAAAUAAGGUAGAUUUAGCCUUAUGUUCUCUUUAGCAUACACCUCCUUGUGCUACUUGUAUUGAUCAAAAUCUGUAGUCUGAAAAGUCUAUUGGUUCUCUUUAAGACCUAGUGAUGACUGUUACCAAGUAGGCCUGCCAAUAACCAUUCUCACUAUGGAGUUGACCUGUUUUUAUAGCAUUCUUUUUUAACGCAGCACUAAACCGGGAGAGAGUUGCUCAGGCUAUAUAGUAUAAAUACUUUUGCCUCCCACUGUAAGCUUGGGGGUGUUUUGAUGUUAGUUGAUUGUCAACUUCAUUGAAUUUCCUUUCAUUAGAACAAGAGACUUUCUGACUUGAUAAUAAUAAAGUAGAUUGUUUACUGUU